UAUCAAACCAGAAACAUGAGACAGGGAAGGACUUACUGGUUCGUAACGGUGGUGUUUGUGUGUAUUUGUGCAAUCCAGUCUGUGUCGUGUGCAAACAAGUUUGAAGAGAACAUUUUCUUCAACUAUUACAACUCUACUGGAGACUUGGUGCAUGUGUACAACCUAGUAGAGAAUCAGUCAUAUCCGUAUGACGAGGCGUGCCACCCUGCGGGGCGGUUCGCAAUCGUCGUCUUCGGAUGGAAAAUUGACUGUGAAAAGUACUUUGUGCGAGAUUUAAUCACCAAUCUCACCGAGUACAGGGGAGGAUGUGUAAUUUGUAUGAAUUACACCAGCUUCUCACAAGCGUCCAACUAUCUGCGCUUGAAACGAAGCUUCAAAGACAUCCAGAAUGUUCUUAAGCUAAAACUCGAUUUUCUCGAGCAGCAGGGUUUCGAUCCGAACAAUGGCUACCUGUACGGAUUCAGCUUCGGGGCUAACCUGGCCCUCGGUGCUGCAAAGGACUUUGGUGCUAAGAAAAUCGGAGAAAUCGAUGUUUGUGAGAUCGUCGGUAUGGCCUUCGACUCGAGUUACUCGGGUUCGCCGAAUCACCGGAAGGCAGCCAAAAAUGUUCAGUGCCUACACACCAGCCGGCAGUACGGCACUAAGUAUCGUAGCAGCUGUCACCAGGAUUGGAUAUUAGGGGACUGCGGCGAUAAGCAGUUGGCUGCCCCGCUGUCCUCGUUCGGGUCACACGGUGUCUGUCCGUUGUUCUACAACAGUGCCUUCGAACAUGACUUUCUGGCCGUUGAGAAUGAGAAAAACUGCACCGCUGAUCAGGAGGCAGAGAACUGGCCUAAUGGGUUCAAGAUGGGCUACCGGGAAACGAGAAAAUCGCAAGUCAGAGGUCAACUGUUUGCACCUACUUACGGAUCUUUCCCAUUCAACGUCCCGGACGAAACGGCUCAAGGUAGCGUGAGGCAUUUCGAACCGGAAAUCGAUUUAUCUGAUUUGGAAAAAUCGGGCAGCGAUGACUAUGCAAUGGACUCGGACUACGAUUCGGAAACCUAGGAGUAAAUGGUGGUGGGAUUUUCAACAUUGCUUCAAAUCAUGAAUGAAAGAAAAAUCCAACCGGAUGUUGAUCCGCUGAAAUUCAGAGUUUCAGUUGUUUAACAAUCGUACAGCAAGUAGUUAAGUGAUGUGGCACAGGUAAUAUCACUUUAAUCGCAUAGAAACCAUACAAUCUAACACUAUUGCAACUAGCGACUUUGUGAAUAUCAGAAAUAACUCCUGCAUAUUCACAGAACUAGCUUCUACUUAUACCUAUAAUCAGAUAUUCCAAGGAAAGAUACAUCUAUUGUUAAAAUAAGAUCUGAUUCGACAUUCGGAAGCCUCGAACAACAAAACCAAUUUUGACGCAAAACUGAUAAGUGUACGGAAAAGCGGUUCGCAUACAGUAGUAAUAUUUAAAUGCUAUCGAACUAUUCGGCAGUACGUUCAAUUUCCAUCGAAAGCGGUAGAGUUGCUAGAGGUCCCAACAAUAAAUCGUUAGAACUAUACGGACAUUGAUCCGCUCCUAUUCACUCAUGAAUUAUGAAGCAUUACUAGAGUUAAGUCGUUAUCAUACAUAUAUAUAAAAAAAAUCGUAGUGAGAAAUUUAUGAGUAUAUCGUAUUACUUUUGAUCCGCCAAACAUAACAUAAGCAUUUGAAUGGAGUAGUUUCUUGAUAUCAAUAUAAAACAUAACAUAUAACGAAAACUAAAUGUCAAAUAUAUCAAUUAUUAUUAUUAUUAUACUGAUAAUUGCGUAGAUACGCGAAUGAUGAAUAAAAACUCUCUUUAGAUCGUAAGAACUUGUUGAUGAAGAACACUAAAUGAAUUGAUGAUGAUUAACAUUGAUCGUGCUGAAGGCACAUUUAUUAACGACACCAACUAAAUGAAUAUUUUACUAUAUGACAAAAAUGAAUGAAUAUAACUGCAUCUCAGUGACUAUUGAUUAUACUUGAUUAUCGAAAAUGAAGAUUGAAAGCAAUUAAUACAGAAAUAUCUGAAUACAAACAAAAUAUUCCGAUUAGACUUAGAAUGGUAUUGAAGAUCCAAUUUUUGGUGUAGGUUUGCGAAAAACAAAUGGUGUAAUGGAAAAAAAAUAUCUACAAAUUUAAUAUUUUAUUUUGUAGGAUUCCAAAUCUUCCAAAAUAAAAACCUUUUAACCAAUA